AUGGCAGAAGGAGAAGGAACCGAUGCUAAGAUUGCGUCGUUGGCGCAACAAAUAGAGAAAAUGACUCUAAUGAUGGCAAAUGAAAAGGAAGAUUCCGAUGAGGAAGAGGAGACUGAAGAGGAGUUUGGUGCAGGUCAAAGCCAAGAGAAGGAAUUAGAUGCUGAUAAAGCUGGUAAGUCCAAAACUUCUAUGAAUGGUCUUAAAAUUGAUGUUAAGAUUGAUAUUCCAGCGAAUGAUGGUGAAAUCAAUACCGAGAAGUUGGAUAAUUGGAUAGACCAGUUAGAAACUUAUUAUACAAUUUAUGAGUAUAAUAAUCGUCAGAAGAUCAACGUUGCAACGUUAAAGUUAACCAAGAAUGCUUUGACAUGGUGGAAGGCUUAUAACAAACGUUAUAGUAUAACGACUAUGACGUGGAAAAAGUUUAAGCGAGCCAUAAGAAAGCAGUUUUACCCUGUUGGCUUCGAAGAUGAUAGAUGGUUCAAGUGGCAGCAUUUGAGGCAGAGUUUUGGAUAG